GUGACAAUUAUGAUUUAAGAUUAGGAUUUUCACUAAUAUUUAUUUAACAGAAUAAACAAUUAUGUCAAAAUUAAAAAGAUGUUGUCCAACUAGUAAAUUCAAACCUGUAACACAUUGCAUAUUUGAUUUAGAUGGUACAAUUUUAGCGACGGAAUACGUUUACAAGAAAGUAUUAAAAUCUUUGGUCGAAGAAUAUGAGGGAAAGAUUUUUCCAGACGAGUACCAUGAGUUGCUAACGGGAAUGCCAGAGACAGAUACGUUGAACAAAAUAAUAAAAGACUUUCAGUUACCCGUAGAAUUAGAGCCAUUCAGAAAACAUUUUAGGGAGGCAACAGAUUAUCUUUUAGCAGAUGUUGAUUUUAUGCCUGGUGCCGUGACGCUUAUCAAACAUUUGCAUGAACAUGGCAUACCAUUAGCCAUCGGCACUUCAUCUCCUCAAGAUUCAGCUGAUAUCAAAUUUAGCAAAAAGAGAGAUAUUUUUGAUCUCUUUCAUCAUGUAGUUUGUGGUGGCACUGAUCCUGAAGUUAUUCAUGGCAAACCUGCACCUGAUACAUUUUUGUUAGCAGCUAAAAGAUUUCCUGGCAGCCCUAGUCCCGAAAAGUGUUUGGUGUUCGAAGAUGCUACAAAUGGUGUAACUGCUGCUUUAUCAGCAGGUAUGCAAGUUGUAAUGAUACCCGAUCCGAGUGUUCCAUAUGAAAGUUGGAAACGUGCUACUUUGAGACUAGACAGCUUAGAAUGUAUGGUUCCUGAGCUAUUUGGCCUUCCACCUCUCCCAGAAAAUUGUUUUACCAAACUUAUAAGCUCAAACAAUCCAAAUGAUAACAAAGUAGAUUUUACGGAAAAAGAAGAAGAGAAUGAAGGACAAAAAAUGAAGGCGGAAUUUUCAAAGAAAAAGGUCUCAGUUAAAGAAGAGCCAAAAAUAGAUGUGGAUUCUGAAAUAUUAAAGUCAAAUAGAUCAGAGUCCGAGCCCAAUUUUACUGAAAGUGAUGAAGAACUUAUAGAUGAAACUAACUUUAAUGUAUAAAACAAGUAAUAAACUGUUCCUGAUUU